UACGACACUUCGUCGCUGAUGGGCCUUCGCCAGCGGGACGUCGCCCCUCGCCCCCUCCACCCACGUGGAACUCAUGCAGAAGACCGGAAAGGGAGCUGGCGUCGGCUACGGCAUGACAGAGGCGUGUGCCACCAUUGCUAACAACGGCGGGCCGCUCGGGUUCCAGCUGGGUUCCGUCGGGAGGCUGCUCCCUUACUAUGAGGGGAAGGUGGUGGACGUGGAGACGGGCCAGGUGCUGGGGGCGGGCCAGGAGGGCGAGGUGUGCGUCAGGGGCCCCUCGGUCAUGCUGGGCUACAUGAGCAACCCCAAAGCCACAGCCGAGGUUAUUGACGAAGACGGGUGGCUUCACACGGGAGACCUCGGCUUCUUCGAUCAAGACAACUUCAUCUUCCUUACAGAUCGUUUAAAGGACCUCAUGAAAGUCAAAGGAUAUCAGGUGGCGCCGAGCGAGAUCGAGAAGAUCGUGCGGGAGGUGGAGGGCGUUGCUGAUGUAUCCGUGGUGGGCAUUCCCGACGGCAGGCUGGGCGAGGCACCGAGGGCGUGGGUGGUACCAGCGCCGGGGCCAGUCUUGAUACGGCUCACAUUCCGCUGUUUGUUGGCAGGCCGAGUCUCCGCGCCUUACAAGCAGCUGGCAGGAGGCGUGGAGUUGGUGAACGAAACUCCCCAAGAAUCACCUGGGAAAGGUUCUCAAAAGGAAGCUCAAAAUGGCUUUCUCAAACCUCGCUCCAAACUAUAA